UGCAGUUUCCGGUGGAGAAUUGAACGACGAAGUAUUAUGCUUACACAGUGAAAAUUUUCUCUGCGGUUAUAAUUAUACAUUGUCAUACAGUAUGGUUGUGAGAACAUACCAAGAGGAGCUUGGAUAUUUGGAAAAGAUAGAUGCGAAUGCAUGGCGUAUAAAGAAAGGCUUUGUACCUAACAUGAAGGUGGAGGGAAUCUUUUACGCAAAUGAAUCGCUAGAAAAGCUUAUGUUUGAUGAAUUGAAGCAAUCUUGUCGUUCACAAGGUUAUGGGGGAUUUCUACCAGGAAUGAAACAGAUCGGCAAUGUUGCCGCUCUACCUGGAAUCAUAGGGAAAUCCAUAGGUCUCCCUGAUGUACACUCUGGUUAUGGGUUUGCUAUAGGUAAUAUGGCAGCAUUUGACAUGGGAAAUCCUGAAGCAGUUGUCUCCCCUGGAGGUGUAGGUUUUGACAUCAACUGUGGGGUCCGACUGCUACGGACAAACCUGAUGGAGAAGGAUGUCCAACCAGUCAAGGAGCAGCUUGCCCAGUGUAUCUUUGACCACAUUCCAGUUGGUGUGGGCUCUAAAGGCAUUAUUCCCAUGACAGCACCGAACUUGGAGGAAGCUUUAGAAAUGGGAAUGGACUGGUCACUGCGAGAAGGAUAUGCAUGGGCUGAAGACAAAGAACAUUGUGAGGAGUAUGGACGCAUGCUACAGGCAGAUCCAAACAAAGUCAGCGCUCGGGCCAAGAAAAGAGGUCUCCCUCAGUUAGGAACACUUGGAGCUGGAAAUCAUUAUGCUGAAAUACAAGUAGUAGAUGAAAUUUACAAUGAAGCCGCAGCCAAGAAAAUGGGAAUCGAGUGCAAAGGUCAAGUCUGUAUGAUGAUUCAUUGUGGAAGUCGAGGACUUGGACAUCAGGUGGCCACAGAUGCACUUGUUGCCAUGGAGAAGGCUAUGAAACGAGACAAGAUAGAUGUGAAUGAUCGACAACUAGCAUGUGCAAGGAUUAAUUCCCAAGAAGGACAGGAUUAUUUAAAAGGAAUGGCGGGAGCUGCCAACUAUGCAUGGGUCAAUCGCUCUAGCAUGACAUUCCUCUCCAGACAGGCUUUCUCUAAAAUGUUCAACUCAUCUCCUGAUGAUCUAGACAUGCAUGUGAUUUAUGAUGUGUCACACAACAUUGCCAAGGUGGAGGAACACUUUGUCGAGGGAAAACAAAGGACUCUACUGGUGCACAGAAAGGGUUCAACACGGGCCUUCCCUCCUCAUCACCCACUCAUUCCUGUUGACUACCAGUUGACGGGCCAGCCUGUAUUGAUUGGGGGCACCAUGGGGACGUGUAGCUAUGUACUGACAGGUACAGAACAGGGCAUGGGGGAGACUUUUGGAACGACAUGCCACGGUGCGGGUCGAGCAUUAUCACGUGCGAAGUCCCGACGUAAUCUGGAUUACACAGAAGUUUUAAACGCUCUGGAGGAAAAGGGGAUCAGCAUCCGAGUGGCUUCCCCAAAACUUGUCAUGGAAGAGGCACCAGAAUCUUACAAAAAUGUUACAGAUGUUGUUGAUACAUGUCAUCGUGCAGGUAUCAGUCAGAAGUGUAUAAAACUGCGUCCCAUAGCAGUGAUUAAAGGCUGAACUGUUUCCAUGGUAACUGAUGAAAUAAUACUGGACUUAAGCGCUACAGCAGACUCUACAUGUUGCCUGAUGUGUCACUCCCUGAUAUAUUGAGGCCCUAGUUCACUGGUUGUGUCUACAUGAGACUCAGUAUGAGAUGUUGUGUCCUUAUCAAGGCCCAGGUUCACAGCUGGUGAUGUGAACAUUUGUUUCACUCAAUGAUCAUCACAACAUAACUAUGUUGUUUAGGGCAGUGCUACAUAAAGAACCUGUUGUACUAGAUCUGCCAGAGGCCUUUGUUUUCAUUCUAGCUGAUUGCUGCACUUCGUGUGUUUAAAUUAUCUUUCUUGUUACUAUGUAAACUUUUACUUAUCUAAAAACGAAUAUUGGUGCAACUUGAAAAUCCAUACUUUAAAUGGAACGUUUAUUUAAUGAGGACUUUGUUAUGAUUUGUACUCUUACCUUAAACAAGUGGACUAUUACAGCAAAACAGCAGAACAGGCUUUAUACAAUUUAGCUUAUUGUGAAGUACUGUAAUAUCCCAAAAUUAGGCUUUAACUUAUUUGUGUGAAAUCCUGUAACAAUUUUCCAAUAUAGCAAAUUAUCUCCCCUGGUCCUAUGGAAUUUGUUAUAACAAGUGUGACUGUUAUAUUAUAUAAUCACCAGGUGAUGAUCAAGGACAUCAAAUCCUUGGUAGAACGUUUCUCAGUAUCCCUUGCAUUAUUUGUGUCUAUUAUUAAUUUAGUAUAUGUAAACAAGAAAUUAUCAGUAAUUUACUUUCGCAUAAUUUCUUGACAGAACAUUUAUAUGAAUUAAUUUAUUUUGAAUAUUCAGUUAUUUAUUAUAUAUAUUAUUUUUACAUAUUACCCUCUCCAUAAGAUUAACCUGUAGGGUGCAAAAUAAAAUGGUUUUUCAUUCAGAUAUCUGAAUUAAAAUUAAAGUGAUGAAAAUAUGCAUUACUGCUUAAUCUAACUGCCUAUAGUGUGUACUUUAAAAAUGAAAAAAAAAAUCUAUAGUUUGCACAUGUAGGCUGCUUCCUAAGAUUGCAAAACGCAUCUUCAGGUGUAAAAAAUCACUUAUCAAUAAUAUUGCCUGCAGAUUACAUGCAGCAAAUUAUAGUAGUUACAGUAUUGUAGUUAAGAAUCAUUACAUGGAAAUGGAUUGUUAUUAGAUUUUCUGUUUGUUAGCUGAUACUGAUUGAUAGACACAAUUCAUCACCUUCAAUUACCAUGCAUAUACAUGCAGUUAUGGGUUAUUUUAUAAAAUGCAUUUGUUUGUGGUUUAUGGUAUAAAUAUAAAAAAAUUUCAGCUAGAACAAUAUAAUAGAAACACCCAACAAGGUACAAACAUUUAAGAUCUUAUCCAAAAUUUGUAGAAAUGAAGUAUGUCUUUAGAGUCUGUGACAAAUCAAAGAAGUCUAGUACGUCAUUGAUAUCAAAGUAGGAAACGAAUGCGAGAUAUCAAAGUGAGAUAUGAGUCAUGAUUUGCCAGUAAGUGCAGACUUCCGUAGGUUUGGUCGUGUUAAUUGAUUUUUGGCCACAAUAGUAUGCACUGUUAAAACAAGAUUACCAGUCUUGGAUUCUGAUGUAAUAUAAGAGAUACAUUUAAUAGCAGACUGGUUUUUUUUCCAGUUUCUCAAACUCUUAAUCAUGUUCCAGUAUGCCCCUAGCCUGUUUAAUUUUUCCUAUAAGGAUGGUAGUACAUUGUACACCUGUUACUCAAAUUAUCAUAUAUGCCCGUAGCCUUUAUUUUAAUUAUUCCUAACAAAAGAUUAGGUAAUAGAUAUAUCAACCAUCUGUUAUCCGCCACUUAUCCCUAUCAUUACAGUACACUGGUAAACUUGGUGCUUUGAUAUGCUACUUGAAAGAUAUAAAGAAGUACUAGCCAUGUAUCACUAUAUGCUUGUACCAAAUUUCAUGAGAAGUGAAAUAAAGUUGCUCAUUAUUAA